AACGUUGGAUAAAGGUUCCGAGUGAGUCCGAGACGGUACUGCACUAUGGGUCCCAGGGAACGCGGGGAACCUUUCCACUGGCUGCUGUUUUACAUCUUGCUCUGCUCCAGGGAAUUCAAUAGCAGAGGGAGAGCUUCUGCCGCACCCAGCGUAGCCACUGCUGGUUCCACCGGGUUGGUUAUAUCCGGGAGGAGAUUCGUCACGGUGUUCCUGGAGAACCACUCCAGCUCGGCGGUGCUCACCUUGAAUAUCAUCACCUACGACAAGACGGCCAACGUCAGCGUUUCAGUGCACAGCCCGCCGUUCCACCGCUCGCAGACGGUGCCCGCCGGCAGCAGCGCCAUCAUUAACCUGGAGCCCUCCUACAUGCUGAAGGGCAAUGACGUCACGCGGAAGGCCAUCGUCAUCACCUCUGACGUCGACAUCUCCGUGGUGGUGCUCAACACGCGCUACAACACGCAGGAUGCCUUCCUGAGCCUUCCCGUCACCAACCUGGGCACCACUUACUACGUUGUCACUUACAACGGCUUCAAGUCGAACCAGCGGCAGUUCGCCGUCGCCAACCCCGGUGUCGAGCGGGUGCCCGUCACCAUCACCGUGGUGGGCCUGGUCGAGUACAACGCCACCGAAUAUGCCAAUGACCAGACCUUCUCCUUCGUCCUGGAGCCCGGACAGGCCGUCCAGUUCCAGGGCGAGGUUGACAUGACCGGCACCAAGGUGGUCUCCGCCAGGCCGGUGGCCGUGUUCAGCGGCAACCGGUGCAUUAUGCUCUCCUCGGCCGACUGCGACCACAUCGCCGAGCAGCUGCAGCCGGUUACCAAGUGGUCGUACUCAUUCGCCGUCUUCCCCCUGCUGGACAAGGACAGCUUGGACAUCGUCACCAUCGUGGCGGCCGAGAACGACACCACCGUCAACGUCUACAGCAUCGAGGGCAACAUCAACGUCUUCCUAAGGGAGGGUAACCACAUCAACCUGACCGUGACCAGUGGUAUGAUCAUCAACUCGGCCAAGCCGGUCAUGGUGGCUUACCUGUCGACCGGGGGCAGCACGUUGCUGGUGCAGAGCUUCGACCCCUUCCUGGUGAACGUCAUCCCUCCGGCCUACUUCAGCUCCCACUACGUCUUCAUCACCAUGGCCAACUUUUACAACUACGUCCUGAUCGUCUCGUCGACGCCAACGUCCGACCAGAUCGUCCUCGACGGCAAGCCCCUGGCCAGCUUCCAGACAGAGAAUGCCACCUUCUGGGACUUCACAGCCAUCCGCGUCUACCUGGGCAAAACGGCCAGCCGCUAUGUGGUAUUUCACGCCGACUCCCUGUUUGGGAUCUACGUCUACGGCAUCGCACGGGGCGAGUCCUAUGCGUAUUCCAUGGGCGGCAAGAAGAACAUCAGCAUCAUGGAUGUCAAGAAGUCCGCAAACUUUGUUUGCUUGUCCCACGCAGCUGAGUACACCUUCCCAUCCAGCGUGCUCACCAGCGCAGGGGUCACCGUGUCCGACGUGCACCUCAUUGACCCCACGUGCCGCGCCCGCCAGCAGGACGAGAACUGGAUCAUCAUCACUGCGCCGUUUGACUCCUGUGGCACCACCGUCUCUAAUGAAACAGGGAAGAUUGUGUACGUGAACACGGUUUACGGAAGUAUCCCGCGUACUCCCAUCCACCGCCUGGAAAUUGAGCUGAAAUGUGAGAUGUCGCUGAACGAGAGCAUCACCAUGGGAUUCAUGCUGCAGACUAAUCACCUGGUCCGCUUUGGCCACUAUAACGUAUCCUUUCGGUUUUUCCGCUCUGUGAAUUUCAACGACCCCAUCGUGCAGUUCCCAUAUCAAGCCGAGCUGAACAGCACACUGUUCGUACAGAUGGAGGCAGAGACGGCAGACGUGGGUGUGCAGAUCUUCACCGACACCUGUAUGUCUGCACCGCUGCUCAAUUCCAACCAUCUGCCGUACAUCAUUCUCCAGAACGGUUGUGUCAAUGAUGAGACAUUCAGGAGCUACAAGACCAACGAUCCCAGGAAGCAGCGUUUCAGUUUCCACGUGUUUAAGUUCGAGGAGUUCCCGCAAGUCUACAUAUUCUGUGACAUCAUCCUGUGUCACUCGAACUCCUCCCCCAACCGGUGUGAACAGGGCUGUCUCCCGACCAGGAGGAAGCGUGACCUGCGAUCCGUAGAGAGUAAAGUCAAGGCUGCUCAUCUCUCCCAGGGACCCAUAGUGUUUCCAGCCAGCCCACUGGGAGACCAUGGCAAUUUCGACAGGAAAGACACCGUCGAUUAUUACAUGUAUAUGUUUGGCCUGCUUUCGGCUAUUUGUCUGAGUUUGAUCACCGCUUUGAUUCUUCAAAGAAAAUACUACUUACGACAAAACUGAAUGGUUACUGCAUGCAGCAAUUGGGUUUUAAAACAAAAAAAAAUGAAUUGUGUGCGGAUGAGAAUGAAGCACAAACUGUCCUUUAGAACCAUAGAAAAUUGGUGCUGCUGUAGGCCAUUUGGACCUCCGAGCCUGCACCGCCAUUCAGCAUGCCUUUUCUCUCUACAUCCAGAAGUGCUCUGGCACAAAACUGAAUGUAUUUUCCUCCCCAUCGCAAAGUCACCCGUGACAUUUUUUUUCAUCUAUUGUGCAUGCAUUCCGUCUCCAAUGCUGUCCACUUGAAAUUCCCCAAGUUCUGGCUGCAGAGCAAAACCCCUAGAUGUAAAAACCUAUGAAUGGCUGGUCAAGUGAGUGUGAAAUCAGUCAGGGCAUCAGAUUGUAACCUUUUAGUUUUUUGAUGAAUUGUGAUUCUUUUUUCCCCAGUAAAACGAAUCUUCUAACAAUAAGCACAAGAGCAAAAAAGAACGAACUCAAAUCUGUUUAUCUUAUUUGAAGUGAUGCUUUUAUAUGAUGGCAAGGGAAUAACAAAUAGUGUUUUUUUAAGAGUUAAUGAUAAAAUUUGUUGAUUACUACUGUUGUGAAGGUGAACAAAAUCACUGAUGAUUGCUCUGAUC